AUGGAACAAUAUCAUCGAGAAUUGAUCAACAAUUGUAUGUCAGAUUUAAUAUAUGUUACUUCUGAUUUAGAAACUAUUGUUGAAAAUUUAUUAGAAAAAAAUGUUAUCAAUGAAUGGAUGAAAAAUUAUAUUUUGAAAGAUGAGGGAGAACCAAUCAACAAAAAAAUAAAGUUGUACGAAUUAAUUCAAGGACGAGGACCUGAAGCAUUUACAGCUUUAUGCAGAGUAUUAGAAGAAACAAAUAACAUAAAAGCUUGCAAUAUUUUAACAUCAUCCAAACCAAGUGAGAAAGAGGAACAACAAUUAAGUUCAAUUGAACUAUUAGACACUGUGCCAUUUAAAAGCAUCAUCUCUGAACAUGAUGAGUCGUAUGUAAAAAUUCACCCUGAUCGCAAAUUCAUUGAAAAUGAUGUAAAUAAUAUAGAGGUUUAUCCAAUGAUAUCAAAUCCUAAGGGCCAUGCAUUGAUUUUAAGUAUCAAUAAUAUAAAAGAUAAAGACAAAAUUACAGGAUUUAAUGUUGACAUGGCAAACGUAAAUAAAUUAUUUAAAUGCCUUGGAUAUAUUGUUCACACAAAAGCAGAUUUAACUAAAAAAGAAAUAAAAAAUGUUAUUAAUGAGUUCAUGAGUAUAUGCCAAAGUGAAAAAGCUAAUUCAAUUGUUGUUUUUAUAAUGUGUCAUGGUGUAACUGGAAAAUAUUCAAUUACAUCAUCUGGUAUAUUGACUGAAGAUAGCGUUAUAAUAAAUACUGACUGGUUGAUUGAACAAUUCUCACAUAAAAAAUUAUCUGGAAAUAUACCAAUGUUAUUUUUUAUUGAUGCAUGCCGAGGACCAAAUAGAGAUUUUGGUUGGAAAUACUGCAAUGGUGAAAAUAAUUGCUCUCAAAAUUAUGAUGCUGAUAUGUACCCGAUUGGAACUACUUCCGACCAACGUUAUAAAGAUAUUUUCAUAGCAUUUGCGACUCUUCCUGGGCAUACUGCAAUACGUGAUCCAAUAGAUGGGUCAUGGUUUAUACAAAAGUUGUGUCAAGUAUUUCGUGAAAAUGCGUAUAAUACUGAUUUGGCUAGAUUGAUGUGUUUGGUGGAUAUUGAACUAGAUGAACUGAGCCGCAUUGAUCACAGGUCUCAAACAGCAGAAUGGAUAUUUAGAGGUUUCGGAAAAUGGUUUUACUUUAAUCCAGGACUAUAUGAAGAUAAUCCAGUUAAUAAUAUUUUAAUGACUUCUUCAACCAAUCCUACUGAUGUUUAA